AUGAGCUCAGGUGAAAAACCCAGAAUUGCCCAGACCAUGGAAGAGGCAGGAGCUGGGAGCAGGGGCCAGCCCGGAGCUUCCUUCACCAUUGAUUAUCUGCUCUUCACUAAGGGGAAGCCAGGCAGCAGAGAUCGGGCGCCUCCGACCUGCCAGCCACCGGACAGUCCUGGCUCCUCCGAAAGGAAAUCGGAGGAGGUGGUACAGGAGAACCCGCCUGUCCCUGGCUCUAUGGACCCGCUGGACAAACCCAACCAGUCUUACAUCGCCCUGAUUUCCACAGCUAUCCUCUCCUCCCCGGAAAAGAAGCUGCUGCUCUCAGAUAUUUACCAGUGGAUCAUGGAUAACUACCCUUACUUCAAAAAUAAGAAGAGCUGGCGUAACAGCGUGCGGCACAACCUGUCCCUGAACGAGUGCUUCGUCAAGGCGGGCCGAAGCGACAACGGCAAAGGCCACUUCUGGGCCAUCCACCCGGCCAACCUGGAGGACUUCUCCAAGGGCGACUACCACCGACGCCGGGCCCGCCGGCGCAUCCGCAGGAUGGCGGUGAACCUGAGCUGCUAUCACCCCUACGCCUUCUACGGACUCGGCUGCUGCCCUGCCCGUCACUGCCUGUGCUGCCCUCCUCACGCCAGCCCCGGCCCGGCUCCGCAUUGCCAGCCCGGAUUCCCACUGCUCCCUCUCUACCCACCUGCCUCCCAGCGCCACCCGCUCCUUGCCCCGGGGGCCCACAAAGCCCUGCCCCAGCAGCAGCUCAGCUGGUCCUGGCCCGGCCCCCACUUCCAGCGUCCGCUGCAGGCUCACCCGUACCUGUAG